AUCAUAUCCUCAUUCAUUACUAAAACAAACACAAAGUUAAUACACAUAAAGCACAUAUACACACAAAAAUGAAGAACAAAAUGCUAGCACUUCUCCUUCUUUUUACCUUAUCCUUGCAACCACUAUUUGGAUCGACCGAAGCUUCACCUGAUCAAGUCCUUGACACAUUGGGAAAGAAUCUCCGAUCUGAUGCCAAUUACUACAUCAUUCCGGCUAAGCCAUUCACCAUAUGUGGCUUUGUUAGUUGUUUCAAUAUUAGCGGAGGCAUCGCCCUUGAAACUACCGGUGAAUCGUGCCCUCUUGAUGUAGUAGUUGUGAAACAAAAUCUGGGCUUACCGUUGAGGUUCACACCCGUUAACAACAAGAAAGGUGUUAUUCGUUUCUCCACUGAUCUCAACAUAAUGUUCGCUCAUGAUGCUUAUGAUUCUAGAUGUCCCCAUGAUUCCCUAGUGUGGAAAAUUGAUCUUUUUUCAAAGGAAGAAACACUUAUAACCACGGAUGGUGUAUUGGGCAACCCGGGUUCGCAUACAAUCGACAAUUGGUUCAAGAUUGAGAAGUACGAGGAUGCUUAUAAGUUGGUCUAUUGUCCCAAUGUGUGCCUUUCUUGCAACCAUGUAUGCAAAGAUAUUGGAAUUUAUGUGGAUAAAACUAGGGAAAUGCAUUUGGCCCUCACUGAUGUUCCUUUCAAAGUUAAGUUUCAGAGGACUAGGUAAAGGUUGAGUUUUUCAAAUGAUAACAAAUUAUAAGUGUGUUUAUAAGGAUUAUUGAGUUUGAUUUUCCUUAUAAAGAAUAAAAAUAUAUGAAUGGAUAAGAAUGAUCAAUAGUUAUUUUA